CUCUCUGGUUGGCGGUACUUCCUUCCCUGGGUUAUAUGUUAAACGUGCUGUUGCCUUGUGCGAGCAGCUAGCUAGGUCAAUACGGGAAAGGGGGGGAGCGUGGAAAAGUUUCAGAUUUUAAGAUGUCACACUCGUCAUCACGUGGCUCCUCGCGCAACACUGACUGCAAGGUCUAUGUGGGUGACUUAGGCAACGGGGCUGCUAAGGGGGAGUUGGAGCGGGCGUUCAGCUACUAUGGACCUCUGCGCAGCGUCUGGGUGGCCAGGAACCCUCCUGGCUUUGCCUUUGUUGAGUACGAAGAUCCCAGAGAUGCUGAGGAUGCGACGAAGGGCAUGGAUGGCAAAGUGCUCUGUGGUUCUCGCAUAAGAGUGGAGUUGUCAACUGGCAUGUCUCGCAAGUCACGCUACGGCCGUCCCAGCCGUCGGCACUUCGACCCCAACGACCGCUGCUACCAAUGUGGCGAGAGUGGCCAUUAUGCAUAUGACUGCUCUCGCUUUAGCAAGAGGGGAGGAGGCCGUCGCCGCAGCAGGUCCCGCUCACGAUCUCGCUCAAGGUCCAGGGGAAGGCGUUACCGCUCACGCAGCCGAAGCAACGACCGUGACCGGCGUAAUAGAUCCCCAUCAUACUCAAAGCGCAGAAGCAGAUCUGGGUCCCCCGCACGUUCCAAGUCCAGAAGUCCAGUGCGCAGAUCAGUAAGUCGCUCCCGUUCUCGCUCCCAUUCCCGGUCAGUGUCCCGCCCCAGGGCGCGGAGCGUCUCCAGAUCUCGCUCCAGGUCCCGCUCGGCCAACACCAGGAAGAGGUAUUGAACUGGAGAAUCUCCUCAUACCCAAUCCCGGUCUUCGGGACCCCAAGCCGAUCCAGGUCUCCCAGCCAGAGGAAAAGCCCCAUACCUGAUGCUGACUGACCAUGGGGGUGAAACCGCUCCAUGCCCUGCUGUUCCCCAUUUGCCUCAGGGCUUGAAGCCAUUUAACCCCUUUGUAUUUUGAGUUCUUUCUCCUGUCAUUUAGUUUAUUUAUCCCUUGGUGUUCAUCCUCUGGCUUUGGCAUUAUUAUUUCAUCUGUAUGUACAACAAAUUCCCGAACUGUACAUUUCAAUGGCUCUUUUUACAGUGGUGAUGUUUUUAGCUUUCUGUUCAUUUUGAAUUUGUUAGCCUUUGGCCAGUGUUAAUGGCAAUUCUUUCCUUUUCUGACAUAUUUGGCAAUAUAUCAGCUCCAGUCGAGUGCAUUGAAGUGUACUCAUAGCUGUACUAAAAGCAGAAUGAUUUAGGGUUUUAUUUCAUUUUCAAUGUAAAUGGCGGUAUCUUUUUAAUAAAACAAAUCUUUACACUA